CCGUAAGCUUGAACCUGCUCGGGAGCAGGCUUACUUCAUGUAAACAGGAUUAGAUCACGGCUUUAUAAGCGGAGGUGAUAUGGGAAGUCUUUCGCAGACAUGUCUUGUCCGUUUUUACGUCAGGAAUGCGUUGCUGAAGACUGCACACAGGUCCCCAUCAAGGCCCCACCUGGCCCAAAUGAAGGGGAUUUUUUGAACAGAAAGGGAUUUCACAGUGUAAAUGUGCAAAUGGUGUGCGACUCCAUGUUCCACAUCACAAAUGUGGAAGCCACAUGGCCUGGUUCUGUGGGUGACUCCAAGAUUUUCAGAGAGUCACAUUUAUGCACAUUAUUUGAACGUGGUGCUGACGAUGGGAUCCUGUUUGGCGACAGGGGCUAUGCCUUCAGGCAGGCAGUACUUCAUGACACCAUUCCCUGGACCACAAACCCGUUACAAUGCAACUUUCAUUAA